AUGGACGGAGCCUGGGUGGGCACCUGGAGACCUCAUCGCCCACGCGGCCCCAUCAUGGCCCAGUUUACCAGCCCAGGACCCAAGUACUCAAUCCCCGGGACCACAGGUUACCUGGCUCACAAUCCCAGCAAAACCAAAGCGCCUGCGUACACGUUUCAAGGGGCCAAACGUCCCGUCGCAGACAGCUGUUCUCCGGGUCCUCGGUACUAUGUCCAGCCCUCCAUCACCAGGAACGGGAAGUACGUGGCUCCAGCACACCACAUGUGCGGACUUCCCAAGAUAAAGACCGAGGUCACCCCUGGACCGAGUGACUACUCCACCGACAAGGCCAACAAACACCUCUACAAAUGCGCGCCGGCACAGUCCAUGGCCUUCCGGCACAAGGCUGUCAAAACCGACCAAACUCCAGGUCCUGGCACCUACACCCUGCCUCGGCUGGUGGGACCCAACACAGCCUACACCCACGCCAGCCCGUGCUACUCCAUGAAAGGGAAGAGUAAGCACAAUGGCUUUGCUGAAGACCUCUCCAAGACGCCAGGUCCUGCUGCAUUCCCCAAGGUGGAACUGGAUGUCUACAAAAAAAGGGCUCCCGUGUACACGAUGGGAACCAACAGUAGACUCAGAGGCGACAAAACAGUGAAGCCGGGGCCAGCAGACUACCACCCGGGAAAGGUGACGCUGAUCAAGCCCCAGGCACCUGCUCCCACUUUUGGACUCCGACAUUCCCUCUACACAAUUCCUCUAAUACCUCUGAUAUGA